AUGAAGCAGUCGAGCAUGGAGAAGAAGAAGCUCAAGAGCUUCAACGAUCUCCUUUCUCCGGAGCUGAUACGAGCAAUCUUACUGAGGGUUCCCAUCAAACACCUUGCGUGCAUCAGGUGCGUUUCCAAGCUAUGGAAUACUCUCAUUUCCGAUCCCAAUUUCGCAAAAUCCCAUCUUGACCUCUCUCUCGCACCCUCUCAUACAUGCCUCUUCCUCCAAGACAAUUCUCACGCUUAUUCAGUUGACCUCGAUGCACUGCUUCAAGAUGAUAAUGAUGGCGUUGAUGCAAUAGCCCUCUCUCUUCCUUUCAUGAAGAAGCCACCUUCUGAUUUCCAUCUUCUUGGUUCCUGCAGAGGAUUCGUACUCUUACACCGCGAACCACAGUUUCUUAUCUUAUGGAAUCCACUCACUGAUUCCUGCAAAAGAAUCUCAUACUCUCAUAUGGUUAAUGCCGCAACAAAUGGUAGAGUUUAUGAUCGUCUUGUUAAGGUCUUCUGCUUUCUCCAUGAUGCGCUUCUAUAUGGCUUUGGGUACGAUGCGUCACAAGAUGAUUAUGUAGUAGUUGUAGCCUAUAAGGGUAAAGAUGGCGAAAACCAUUUUGAUAUGUGUUAUUUGAGAAGCAAUUCAUGGAUUAGUCUUGAUGCUGCACUUCCCAAAUCAUCGUCCUGGGAUAAUUGGAAACCUAAGGGGUUGUUCUGUAACGGGGCUAUUCAUUGGUCUACUUAUGAGUACUGUAUUGACAUUCUUAUCUUUGAUCUGAAGAAAAGAAGUUUCUCCACGAUAUGCGGGCAACACCUAUUUAAACCCCGUCUCGUCCUGCUAGGAGGAUGCCUAGCCUUCUAUUUGUAUGGAGAGAAUACAGCAGGAGAGAAUACAACUGAGGUAUGGGUGAUGAAAGAAUAUAAAGUGGAGUCGUCUUGGACUGUCUAUGAGAUUCCUCUUGAACUCUUUAAGCCUCUGUGCUUAUCUGCUAAUGGGGAUAUUAUUGGAAGAUGUUAUCCUUCAGAUGGUGAAGUAGGGUUCUAUAUAUAUAAUGUCAGAGGAGAGCUGCUCAAACAUGUUCAAUAUCUUUAUGGUGAGCCUUCCAACCACAUAAGGUCCAUUGUACAUGUGGACUGUCUCAUGGCAGUCCCUAGCAACAUCAAGAAGAAGAAGAGGAAAAAGGGCUAUCAAGUUCACCAUCAAGUUUAG